AUGGUGGCAGCGGCAGAUGUCAAGACGGCUGUGGCCGCCCACAGCGACUACAUCGUCAAGAACCAGGACACUAUCACCCUCAAGAAGGCGCGCCGCUACCUCGAGGAGCAGAUGGGGGUCCCGGCGAAGGCGCUGGACGAGCACAAGGCGCUCAUUGCUGCCUUGAUCGACCAGGUGCUCGUCGCGUCAAUCGAGGAGCAGAAUUCCAACAGCGCCAAGGACGGGGACGAGGAGCCGUCGCCGCCGAAGAAGGCGAAGACGGAGAAAGGCGGUUCCGGGAAGAAGGAAAGGAAGCCGGCGGCGAAGAAGAAGGAGAAGAAGCCGGCGCGCAGGUCCGACAGUGGGAGUGAGAGCGGGGACGGCGAUGCGUCCGCGAGCGAGGCCGACCCGGCGUCGGACAGCGACGACGGCACGCGCAAGGCCAAGGUUGCCCGGAAGCGCAAGUCCCCCGGGGCAGCGCACAAGAAGACAGGGAAGGCCGCCGGUGCGAAGAAGGAGCCGGAGGACCGCAUGGCGCGGCGCUGCACGCGUCUCUUCCAGCUCCUGCGCAUGGCCACCAUCAAACACUCGCGCCCGCACCUGUCCCGGCAGGCCGGCGGCGACCCCGCGGCUCUCGCGCGGCUCCUCGAGGAGAAGCUCGCGGAGCACGGCCUCGGCGUGGCGAGCACCGCUGCGGAAAUCUCUGCGGUGCGUGCCAAGCUGGAGCAGGCGCGCGACCUCGAGGGCAUCGACAGCGGCAACAUCAUCGAGGGGGGCAGGCGGCGCGCGGCCGAGCAGCCGCGCUUCACGUACGCGGAGGUCGAGGACGACGCGGGCCACGACCACGAGGGGGACUGCAGGGGCGAUGUUCAGGAUGGUGCGGGCGAGGACAGCGGAGCCAAUGCCGCGGAGGUGACGCCGCGGAAGAGCCCUGCGCCGGCGGUGUCGCCCGCCAAGAUGCGGCGCGCGGUGCUGGCGGAGUCGGACGACGAGUGGUGA